GGACCGUGAAGGUUAACAGAAGGGGUGGGAGUUGAAGGAGGGCAAGGGCGGUAGAAAUUGAGAGAAAGGGGUGGAUGAGUACAGCAGGCAGGGAAGGCACGCAUUACAAAAAAAAACAACAACCAAAUAUCCAUCGACUCAGAAAGCAUUGAAACACCGGCUUUCUGACACAUGGCGAGAGGCAAAUGAAUUUCCUCGACCCAACUCCGUCUCGCUCUUCAAGUCAUGCGAUACUCAUACUGGAAGCGUGGGUCUUUUCAUGAAUUGCAGAACCAAAGCACCAUUCCGACAAUCUCGCGUAUACACACAAGCUUGGCUCGAGGAUGGCACGAAAAUACGAACCUCGGAAGAGCCUAGGAGCGCUUUCGCACGAUCAAGCAGAUAUGCCAGAGCACAUCUUGUUGCUCAGAUUUUACGUGCAAGAAAUUUCCGCUGGUCAAAGGGUCAAAUGAGCUAUCUUUCGCCUCCCCAACGUAAUCGGACAGAAAAGAAUGCGUCUACGCAUCUUGCUUGGGCGGUCGGCGACUCUCCUCUGCCAAACCUCCGGCAAGCCGGGGUCAAACCCCCCUACACAGGAUCGCACUUGGCUCUCGCUUGGCCAUUGACGUUCUUCUCAAGACCGGACGUGGCUUGUCCCAAGCCUCCAGGCGUGAGAGGCGGACUCAAUUAUACUCGCCCACGAUCAAUCCCAGCCUGUUAUUACACUGAAUAAUGCCAAGCUUUCAGCCACCUCUGCCUUCCAG